AUGAAAGAGAAAAUUCGCUUGUUCCGUUUACCCCUUCCUGUAAAUAUUUUGAUCGUUUUUUUGAUUUUGUUUUUUCUACAUUUAAAAUGUGGAGCUGCUUUACUCUCAAAAAGAGAUCCUUCAAUGCCCCAACAAGUUCAUCUGGCACUUACAGGCAAAGAGAAUGAAAUGAGUAUAACUUGGUUAACUCUUUAUGAUUCAAGUAUGUUUUGGAGCUCGACUAAUUUGAUAAUAGAUAAUAUUAAGUUACCCUCGCUUAGCAGGGUGGUGCUUGAACGACUUAGCAAAUUACUUAAAUUAAUUUAUUUCCCUUUUGCUUCAAUAAAAAACCCUCUCUCAAAUAACCGCACCUCUCGAUUACCUUUCCAAAUUGAACUUGAAACCUUAAUUAUCCUCCCACAAGCUAAUUUCAAAACUCGAAUAAUUACUAUCUCUCUCAAAUAA